AUGGCGACCUACGCCGACAUCGAGAUGCUCACGACGCCGCCCAACCUCGUCAACCAGCUCCUUGGUCCGCUCGCGACCGGCUACCUCCUCGAGGUCGUCCUCUACGGCUCGUUCGGCACCGUCUUCCUGUCGUACUGCAUCUCGGGCGACUUUGCGCGCCUGCCCGGGCGCGCCAACCGCAUCACGCUCGCCGUCCUGUUUGGCCUCGUCACGGUCACGACGGUGCUCACGGCCGACGCCCUGUGGAAGCUCGCCGUCGCGCAGACGCGCACAAUCGACGAGAUCAUCGCGGGACCGACAGAGUCGUGCCUCUUGACCCUGUUCGGCGGCCUCACGGGCUCGUUGACCCAGGUCGCCCUUGCGAGACGAGCUGGAGCGUUCAUCGACAGCCUCAAGAUCCGGUGGGCGUUCUACACGUUCAUCGCUGCUCUCGUCGGCGCAAGCUUGUUCGGCUCGAUCGCGGCGACCGUCAUUGGCUUCAUCUGGGCCGUCGAGGAGCCCGACUUUAUCAACACGCUCAACUGGUCGACCUCGAUCGCCAUCUGGCUCUGGUCGUCGGCCGUCGCCGACUGCGCCAUCUGUGGCACGCUCGGCUGGGCCCUGCGCCGCCGCGUCGCCGGCUUCAACUCGCGCACCGACGGCCUCCUCAAACGCCUCGCGUGGCUCUCGGUCCGCAGCGCGUCGUACACGGCCAUCGUCGCCGUCGGAGGAGCCAUCGCCGGCUCGCUCUACCGCGACACCGUCAUCGAGUGGUCCAACCUGUCGGUCGCCUUUUGGGCGCCAAUGCCGCCGCUGUACGGCUUCGCCUUCUUCUCGACGACGUCGGCCUCGCGCCGCGCCGUCCAGGACGCCUUUGCACCGACCUCGACCCGACCCGACGACGGCGCCGUCACCUUUCUCUCGCCGCCGAGCCUCGUCCCGACCGAGAAGCGCCCUCGCUCGUCCACCGGCGCCACCCCGCCUCCUCGCCGCCUGAGCGUCCCUGCGCCCGCUCGCCUCGCGAGCGUCCUCGAGCGGGUCCGCGCAGCGUGCACGGGCUCGGGCUCGAGUCCCUGCGGCCGGUCGGCGGCGCCGUACGAGGUGGACCUCGAGCGCGCGCGCCUCGGAGGGGCCGGUGCACGAGGAGGCGGGCCGCGCAGCUCGUUCGGCCUGCGCUGCGGCGGCUGCGGCGGCGGUGGCUCGACGACGACGAGCAAGGCGGGCGUGCGCGACGAGCGCGCGUGGCGCACGAGCACGCACACGCACACCGAGCCGAGGGAGCUGCGGAUCCAGGUCGACCAGCUCGUCGAGACGAGGGUCGAGUGGAGCGACGACGUCGAGCCGCCGAUGACGCCGCCGUACUGA